UCUCAAAUACGUCUCUGAGAUAACUCUCCAAUCCAUAGCUACCAAAAAAGAAAAAAUAAAUAAAUAUUGUAAUGGCUAACAUCACCAAUUUCCUUUGCGUCUUUUCUCUUGUUUUUCUCGCACUUUCAACUACUUCAUCUGCUUAUUAUGGCAAUGAAGAACCCACACCCACUCAAGAACCUAGUAGUCUUCUUAAAGUUAAUGUAGGUGUUGCUGAACAGGCUUAUAAGACUCCUCAUUACCUUCCUAAACUACCUGAGGUGAAGCCAUAUGUUCCAGCUGCAUCUAAGCCAGCAUACCCAGAAGCACCAUAUGUUCCAGCUGCACCUAAGCCAGCAUACCCAGCCGCCGAGAAGCCAUACGUUCCAGUUGCACCUAAGCCAGCACACCCACAAGUCCCAUAUGUACCAGCCGCACCUAAGCCAUAUGUUCCAGCUGCACCUAAGCCAGCAUACUCAGAAGUCCCAUAUGUCCCAGCCACACCUAAGCCAUAUGUUCCAGCUGCACCUAAGCCAGCGUACCCAUAUGUUCCAGCCACACCUAAGCCAUACGUUCCAGCUGCACCUAAGCCAGCAUACCCACAAGUCCCAUAUGUACCAGCCGCACCUAAGCCAUAUGUUCCAGCUGCACCUAAGCCAGCAUACCCAGAAGUCCCAUAUGUCCCAGCCACACCUAAGCCAUAUGUUCCAGCUGCACCUAAGCCAGCGUACCCAGAAGUCCCAUAUGUUCCAGCCACACCUAAGCCAUACGUUCCAGCUGCACCUAAGCCAUACGUUCCAGCUGCACCUAAGCCAGCAUACCCAGAAGUCCCAUAUGUCUCAGCCACACCUAAGCCAUACGUUCCAGCUGCACCUAAGCCAGCGAACCCAGAAGUCUCAUAUGUUCCAGCCACAUCUAAGCCAUACGUUCCAGCUGCACCUAAGCCAGCAUACCCACAAGUCCCAUAUGUACCAGCCGCACCUAAGCCAUAUGUUCCAGCUGCACCUAAGCCAGCAUACCCAGAAGUCCCAUAUGUUCCAGCCACACCUAAGCCAUAUGUUCCAGCUGCACCUAAGCCAGCAUACCCACAAGUCCCAUAUGUUCCAGCCACACCUAAGCCGUAUGUUCCAGCUGCACCUAAGCCAGCAUACCCACAAGUCCCAUAUGUUCCGGCCACACCUAAGCCAUAUGUUCCAGCUGCACCUAAGCCAACAUACCCAGAAGUCCCAUAUGUUCCAGCCACACCUAAGCCAUAUGUUCCAGCUGCACCUAAGCCAGCAUACCCACAAGUCCCAUAUGUUCCAGCUGCACCUAAGCCAUAUGUUCCAGCUGCACCUAAGCCAGCAUACCCACAAGACCCAUAUGUGUCAACAGUACCUAAGGUCAAAAAGCCACAUGUUCCCUCACCCCCCAAGAAUUAUGCAGUUCAAGGGCUUGUCUAUUGUCAAUCUGGUGCUGAACGCACUCCAAUAAAAGGAGUUGUGACAAAAGUUGUAUGCUCUGCUGCUGACUUAGCGUCUCCAUUAUUGACAAUCGCCAGCACAACUGAUGCCCAUGGUUACUUUUACACUCCAUUAGAUGUAUCAUCAAUCAUCUACCAAGUUUUCCAGUGCAAGGUGUACCUUGAUACUUGCCCAAUGACAACUUGCAGCAAACCUACUAAUAUCAACAAUGGUGUCUCUGGUGCCCUUCUCUCUAUCAACUACCACAGUCUCCCCAACAACAAGAACUUGUUCUCUGUUGGUCCCUUCUUCUACACUCGUGAGACCAAGUACUAGAGAUGAAGAUCUUUAUUCUUUGCAUGAAAUUUCUUGAUCGAAAGGGGUUUUGUUUGCUACCUAAUUAUUCUUUCAUUUUCCAUUAUUGGUAUUGUAUUGAUAUAGUUCCAACGGAAUUUUGGUAUUGUAUUGAUAUAGAUCCAACGGAAUUUGCAACUUGUGAGGGACAACCUUAUAAGUUUAAUUUCCUAUUGCUUGUUUAUGUUUUGAUUUUGUUGAUUCUUCAGACAAUAAGAUCAAGUCUUGUUUAAUUGGUU